AAACAUUUGCACCCAUGGGGAGCAGCGUUUCAUGAAAUGCUUGGAGUUCAGCUGCAAACUGGUGGUCCAGAUGAUUCCCUGAUGUCCACGCACUUUUAAUAACUCAGUGCUCUUCCUCCUCCGCGGCCUGGGAACUCCUUCCUUAGUCUUCUGCUCCUUCUCCUAGUGCUGGAUGGCAGGCUACAAACCAAGCGUCCCCUUCCCAGUUCACCUUGUUUGCUGGAACACUGACAGUGAUUCAAAGAACCUGAAGCUGGAGCCUACCUCUCCUGCUGGCUGUGAAUGAAGACGGCAGUAUACUUUGCUGCAAGUCCAUCUGCUCUUGAACAUUAUAAAUACCUUUAAAAAGAUCUAUCUAAUAGUGUCUUUCCUUUGAAGUUUCCAAAACCAUUUACGAAGGCUUGAAAGCGGUAUUAUUCAUGUGUUUCAGAUGAAGAGAGCUGAAGUGUCAAGGUAACAACUGUCUUGAGAAUGACUGUCUUUCUCCAAGCCAUGAGCGUGUGGAGGGACCUGGGGGAAGAUCCAGUGUUUACCAGGGAUUUCACUGAGCUCAACGAGCCCUGAAAUGUAGGAAGAAGAAAUCUGCACGAAUGAAGAGGCGCCCAGCAGACCAUGCUAUCUCAUUGGAGAACCCAGUGGUAAAAAUUGUCCAUGAAAUGAUAGACAUCUGCUUUUGUGGGAUUAUUUUUAUUAGUAAAGUAUUAGACGGGGUAAGGCAAGUAAACAGGGAUUCUGUAAAUGACUACAAGUGCAGUUGCCUGUUUGACACUGUCUUAAUUGUUACCACAAACAGCACAAGAUGAUGAAGAAUGACCACCUUUCUACUCAGAAGAUAACUGCCUUUAAAAAGAAAGGAAUGAAACCCAGCUCUAUGAUUUCUAGGAUCCCAAUUAAUUAAAAUGGAUAUGACUAAAGAAGCAUAAACAGCUGAGCAGCUUUCAGCCACUUCCCUGGCAUGUUCUUACUGACUCUGAGUCCUUAUUUCCAACCACAGUGUCUGCUCAUCCUUUUGCAGCACCCUUCAAACCAGCCUCCCCCAAAGGAUCCAGCAGACGUGGUCUGAGACAAGAGCUGAGCACAAGCUGAAUCUGCUCUACUCUGCCUGCAGCCUUCACGAGGCAGGGCAUCGUAGGAAGAGCAACGUUGGUUUCUGGGAGACGAGUAAUGAUGCAGAAAGAGGGGGAAGACAAACUUGAUCAUCUAAGAAAGGGUGCACGUUCCCAAGUGAAGCUCUGAGAAGACAAGAGAGAGGAUGUCUGAAACAACAGACAAGGAGAAGAAACCUCCUCUGAAUGGGAGAAGAGCCCUCCCGUCAAACAACUCCAAUGAUGAAGAAAAUGAGGUCCCUGAGAUGGAGGCUUUUGGAUUGAUACCUAGAGGAUUUAAUCCAACAGAUUACCUGCGUGUUGUGGACAUUCACAUGUUCAAGGAGCCCCAUGAGAUUAACAAGCAGCAGCACCACACUGACAAGUACUACAACCCCAAGCUGAUAGUGCGUCGAGGACAGUCUUUCCAAAUCCAGGUUGACUUCAAUCGACCCUACAAUCCAGAGACGGACCAAUUCUGGCUGGAGUAUUUGAUAGGUCGCUACCCACAGCAAAACAAAGGUACCUACAUCCCGAUCCUAGUGCGUGAUGUGCUGAAACCUGGCGAGUGGGGAGCCAAGAUUACCCAUAAGGAGAACAACUCCAUUCGCCUGUCCAUCAUGUCCUCUGCCACCUGCAUUGUUGGGAAGUUUCGCCUGUACGUUGCCGUCCUGACUCCCUUUGGCAUCCUCCGGACACACAGAAACUCGGCAACCGACACUUACAUCCUGUUCAAUCCCUGGUGCCAGCAGGAUGCUGUGUAUCUGGAUGACGAGAAGGAAAGGGAAGAAUACGUCCUGAAUGAUGUUGGUAUUGUUUUCCAUGGAAACAUCAACGACAUAAAAUUAAGAAGCUGGAGUUACGGUCAGUUUGAAGAAAACAUUCUGGAUGCUUGCCUGUUCCUCAUGGACAAGGCAGAACUGGAACUCUCUGGGCGUGGAAACCCAAUCAAAAUCUGCCGUGUUGCCUCUGCAGUGAUCAACUCCAGGGAUGAUAAUGGUGUGAUUGCUGGAUCCUGGGACAAUACGUACACUAACGGGGUCCCACCUUCUGCCUGGACGGGAAGUGUGGACAUUCUUUUGGAGUAUUACAGUUCUAAGCAACCCGUGCGAUACGGCCAGUGCUGGGUCUUUGCUGGUGUCUUCAACACAUUUCUGAGAUGCUUGGGGAUACCUGCAAGACUCAUUACCAACUAUUCUUCUGCCCAUGACAACAAUGCCAAUUUACAGUUGGACUUCUUUCUGGAUGAUGAAGGGAAAGUGGACACCACCACCACAAAAGACUCUGUCUGGAACUAUCAUUGCUGGAAUGAAGCCUGGAUGACCAGACCUGAUCUUCCUGUUGGUUUUGGAGGGUGGCAGGUUGUUGAUGGGACACCCCAAGAGACCAGUGAUGGUAUGUACAGGUGUGGCCCAGCCUCGGUUCAAGCCAUUAAACACGGUCACGUUUGCUUCCAAUUUGAUGCUCCUUUUGUCUAUGCUGAGGUGAAUAGUGAUAUUGUUUACUUAAGAAGGGCAAAGAAUGGAACCCAAGUGAUAGAAAAUAUUGACACAACCCAUGUUGGGCAGUUAAUUGUGACCAAGGAAGUUGGGCGUGAUGGAAUGAUGGAGAUUACUGAGGAGUACAAGUUCCAAGAAGGCUCAGAGGAAGAGAGACUGGCUCUUGAAACUGCUGUGAUGUACGGCGUUAAAAAGCAAACUACCCAAGGCACCUCGUAUCAGCCACAAACGGAUGUUGACAUGGAGUUCCAAGCGCAAAAGGCAGUCCUUGGCAGUGACUUUAAAGUCACUAUAACUUUCAGGAACAAAAGUCGCAACACCUACACUGCUACUACCUACCUUUCAGGCAACAUAGUGUUUUAUACAGGAGUCACAAAAAAUGAAUUCAAGAAGCACUCUUUCAGUGCAAAACUGGAACCCUAUUCAUCUAGUGCUUUCGAUGUUGUGAUCAAAUCGAGCGAGUACCUGAGUGACCUGCUGGACCAAGCCUCCUUUCAUUUCUUUGUGACGGCGCGGAUCAAUGAAACAGGGAAGAUUCUGUCCAUACAGAAGGCAACAGUCCUGGAAAUUCCCUCCCUGAGGAUCAAGACGCAAGGUGCGAUGGUAGCUGGUAAAGAAAUGUCCGUGACUGUGGAAUUCACCAAUCCUCUGAAACAAACCCUGGAGAACGUCACGCUCCGCCUCGAGGGACCCGGCGUGCUGAGAACGAUGAAAAAGGAGUUCAGGCAAAUCCCAAUGAACUCUACCUUGAUCUGGGAAGUAAAAUGCAUCCCAAAUCGACCAGGGUUACGAAAGCUGAUUGCAAGCCUGAAUUGUGAUGCUUUGAGGCAUGUCUACGGUGAGCUGAACGUCCAGAUUCAGAAACCAUGAACAAAGGUGCUGCCUUUGUCUCUCAUUUAGCUAUAUUUCAAAAUAUCACAUUAGAAGGGGAAAAUAUAGAGGUAGAAAUCUACUUAUUGUUAAUUUGGUCAUCCUUGUGCUGAACAAAAUUUGAUAAAGUAAUCAGUAACACUGGAGGGAAUUUGAAAAAGCACCUGGCUAGCGAAUGAUUUAAAAUUAGACACAUGUAAUUAAAGGCAAUUCUAGGCCAUAUUAUUCCUAUAGUUCACUUGUAUUUAUGAUCUUUUGCAUUAGUGCUGCAAGGGAAUCUGGAAAGCUCCAUUCACCAAGUAGCCUGAACUUUAGUUUUAAUUAAGGCCUGAUAUUUCACUGAAAAGGAGAAAAAAAAGAACGCACUGUUAUAAAUUCUUAGACUGAAUUACUCAACCUUGUGGUAGAUCAUUCAGGCUGCAAUAAAAACAGGUAUUUCUAGCUAAAGGGACUGCUUUAUCUUAUGGUAUUAUAAUUUUCCAUUUCAUGGAGAGCUCACUUUGCUGGAAGCAUCUCUCAGGUUGUGUUAUCUUCAGAAUAUUCCCAGCUCCUUGUUCUCUCUUGCCACUUCCCUACACUUUUUUCAUUUACUCUUCCACGUGUACAGGCACCCACACAUACACUCCUUUAUUUCUUGCCCUUAUUCCACCCCAUAUACUGUUGAUAUGCUGUUCUUCUCCUCUGCAUGAUGAAAAUCCAGAGUUUUUCAAGGCCCUGCUCAGAGUUCGUCAUAGCAAACUUGCAUUUCCUGGUCACAUCUCUCUUGUACGGUGUGGUCUCUCUUCAUCCUUUUCUGCCUUUUCUUCUCUCCUGAGCUGACCCUGUAGCCCAUUUCCCGUGUGUGUGUUGGGGUGUUCCCUGCCCCAGAACAGGGAAGAGAAUCCAGGCUCUGCCAGCUGGUAAACAGGGUGAAGGAGAGAGGAGUAGAGGGGGCAGCAUGAGGGUCUUCUCCUGCCAGCCUCACAAGCCUAGCAAAUAUCCUGCACUGGAGCUGCCACCUGGGGAUGAGUCUAGACUAAGCCAUGCCUGAAAGUUUCCUGGGAAUCACAGCUACUGCAGAAUGAAGUCCUGUUACACGAGCAACCCCAGGAAGUUACAUGGACAGAAACUCACCUGCAAAAGGAAUAAAGAUGUAUCCUGAGAGUCAAAAACUCCACAAGCUGGAUCUGCUUCCUGCCUUUCUUGCGGCAUAUUCCUCUGCUAGGGGCAGUGGGGCCUCCUGAGGCAUUGCUCCUCCCCUGAGGACCUUCUGACCCAGAAUCUGCUCUGAAUCUGUGGUUUCCAUGAGUCUUUCAUGCAGCGUGCCGCUGUAUCCUAAGCCAUGUACCCCAUCAUCCUAGGGCAGUAGGACAGUGUGUGUGUGUGUGCGCAUUCAUCUCUCAUCUCCCCUGAAAUCCGUCUUGGGAUCUUUUUCCCUGAAGCAAAGAUGCACGUGCCACAAUCCGCGGCAACUCCUCUCUGCUGGCCACGGUGUGUAAGAGCAUAUCCCGUACUAACAGGACAGGUGAGAUAACUUAGCUUCCAAAGAAGUUAAAAGAAGCCUCAUGCUCAUUAAAUUCUGGGGCUUUAUUUUGCUGUGUAUGGCUGUGUCAUUCUGUGGUCUCAUUAGUGAGAAAGCAACGGAGAUGACUUGCCUUCUGAUCCUCUUCUUGCCAUACAUUGCCUCCUGCAAAACAUGUGACCAGCUGUUAAAAAUAAGCAAGUCCAGGCAGGGGAGAAAUGCAGGCUGCUCUUUUGCUGAAGUAUGUGGAACAAAGCAAAGAUUCACACCACCUCGUAUGCUCAAUGAGUACCCCUGGAUCCUGGAACACUGGGCUUUUGGGGGCUUUCAAUUCAGGCAUGGGCACACACUCAUUUGGUACAGCUUGUGUGACUACAUUAGAAACUCUGCAAUUAAAAGUUUCCCAAGUAAGUCCUCUGGGGUGCUAGGGACUGAACAGUGUGUUGUAAAUGCAAGGUGACAAUCUCUGUUUAGUAAUUAAGCAGUCCUACUGGAGUAUACAUCAUCUAAUAAAAUUAUCAAUUUUUUGCUCUUGCAUAUAAACCUGCUUUCCAUUUUUAUAACCACAGUAUAAUAAGAAUUUGAAAUAAAGCA